AUGGUAGAGAGUGUAGAGAUGCAUGGCUCCCUCGAACUUACAGAAGAAACGUUCGGCAUGAAAGAAGAACGAGGGGCUGGAGGAGGGCAAUUACUGCCCACCAACCCAAUGGGACACUGUUUCUCUCGGUCUCGUUCUCAUGAUAUCCCUAUCUCCUCCUCUUCGGACGAGUACUACUACCGACCAGCACCGCCUAAAAGACCAACCCAAGCACGUUAUAAUCCACCCCCGCCUCCGCCGCCACCGCCAGCAGCAGUAUCAGCAGCCACCUCAAAACCAGCUCUGACUUCGAAAACAUUUGAGAAAUCUCGAACUACCGUUACUUCAUCCUCAAAUAUUGGUCCCAUUCUUGGUAAACCAUACAUUGACAUAGCCACAAUUUACGAUCUUGAUAAAGAAUUGGGGAGGGGCCAGUUUGGUAUAACUUAUCUUUGUACAGAGAAAGCUACAGGAAGAAAGUAUGCGUGCAAGUCUAUAUCAAGCCGUAAACUUGUGAGUGCAAAGGAUAUUGAGGAUGUUAGAAGGGAGAUUGCGAUACUUCAGCACUUAACAGGGCAACCCAAUAUUGUUGAAUUCAGGGGUGCUUAUGAGGAUAAACAGAAUCUUCAUUUGGUCAUGGAGUUAUGCUCUGGUGGGGAGCUUUUUGAUCGGAUUAUAGCGAAAGGGACUUACUCGGAGAAGGAAGCUGCGACAAUUAUUCGGCAGAUUGUGAAUGUGGUUCAUGUGUGUCAUUUUAUGGGAGUUAUACAUAGAGAUUUGAAGCCUGAGAAUUUCUUGUUUGCAAGUAAAGAGGAGAAUGCUCCAAUCAAAGCUACUGAUUUUGGACUCUCUGUCUUCAUUGAAGAAGAGAUCCCAGAGACACGUUGUAGUGGUCACACACAGGCAUCACUAAGUCCCACCAGAGAAGAGGCCCAGAGGCCAGAGCCUCAAACUUUUCAUGUGAAACAUGCUGCCAAAACUAAUUCUCCAGGAAAAGUGUACAACGAGAUUGUCGGAAGUGCAUACUAUGUUGCUCCAGAGGUGUUAAGUCGGAGUUAUGGAAAAGAGAUUGAUGUAUGGAGUGCUGGGAUCAUUUUGUACAUUCUUCUAAGAGGGGUGCCUCCUUUCUGGGCUGAGACUGAGAAAGGCAUAUUUGAAGCAAUAUUAGAGGGCAAUCUUGACUUGGACAGCAACCCAUGGCCUAAUAUUUCAUCUUCUGCAAAAGAUCUUAUCAAGAAAAUGAUAACAAAGGACCCCAAGGGACGGAUUACUGCUGCACAAGCACUUGAACAUCCAUGGAUGAAGGUGGAUGGUGAAGCAUCUGACAAACCUAUUGACAGUGCCGUUCUGAUUCGGAUGAAGCAGUUCAGAGCGAUGAACAAGUUAAAGAAGCUUGCACUAAAGGUUAUUGCAGAGAACCUUUCAGAGGAAGAAAUCAAGGGCUUAAAGCAGAUGUUCAACAACAUGGACACCGACAGAAGUGGUACUAUCACAUACGAUGAACUAAAAUCUGGACUGUCGAGGCUAGGAUCUAAGCUUACUGAAGUAGAAAUAAAGCAGCUGAUGGAUGCUGCUGAUGUUGACAAGAGUGGUACUAUCGACUAUGUCGAAUUCAUUACGGCUACCAUGCAUCGGCAUAGACUUGACAAGGAAGAAAACUUGUACAAGGCCUUCCAGUACUUUGACAAGGAUGAUAGCGGGUUUAUCACUAGAGAGGAGCUAAGACAAGCCAUGGCUCAAUAUGGGAUGGGCGAUGACGCUACAAUAGAUGAAGUCAUAGAAGAUGUUGAUACUGAUAAAGAUGGAAACAUCAACUAUGAGGAGUUUGUAACCAUGAUGAGAAAGGGAACCCUCGAUUAUGAAGAGGAGAUGGCGUCACGUUUCUGGACACAGGGUGAUAGUGAAUCUGAUGAGGAGAGCGACUAUGAAGAUGAGGUUGAGGAUGGCGAAGCUGGUGAAGCUUCUGCCCAAACAGCUCAGAACAGAUAUCUUAGAGGAACUGCAAGUGAUAGUGAUGAUUCUGAUGAUCAAAAGCGUGUGGUCAGGUCAGCCAAAGACAAGCGUUUUGAGGAGAUGUCGGCUACCGUUGAUCAAAUGAAGAAUGCAAUGAAGAUUAAUGACUGGGUCAGCUUGCAAGAGAGCUUUGAUAAGAUUAAUAAGCAACUUGAGAAAGUCAUGAGGGUGAUGGAAUCUGAUAAGGUUCCCGCCCUUUACAUUAAAGCUCUGGUAAUGCUGGAAGAUUUCUUGAAUCAGGCUUUGGCGAAUAAGGAAGCUAAAAAGAAAAUGAGCAGCAGCAAUGCCAAGGCCUUGAAUGCAAUGAAGCAGAAAUUGAAGAAAAACAAUAAACAAUAUGAAGAUCAGAUUAACAAAUAUAGGGAACACCCUGAAAGUGAGGAAGAACCAGAGGCUGAUGAGGAGUCGGAAGAGGAGGAAGAGUCGGAUUUGGAGUUUGAGGAGGACCCUUCAAAGAUUGUAAUAUCUGAUGAGGAUGAUGGCGAGGACCAAUCUGAAAAGGAUGGGGGCUGGGAGAAGAUGUUGAGUAAGAAAGAUAAGCUCAUGGAUAAGCAGUUUGCGAAAGAUCCUAGUGAAAUCACUUGGGAUAUUGUAAACAAGAAGUUUAAAGAAAUUGUUGCUGCCCGGGGCAGGAGGGGAACUGGAAGGUUUGAGCAGGUUGAACAGCUAACUUUCUUGACGAAGGUUGCUAAGACCCCAGCACAGAAGUUGGAGAUUCUUUUUAGUGUGGUCGCUGCACAGUUUGAUGUGAAUCCAGGUCUCAGUGGGCACAUGCCUAUUAAUGUCUGGAAAAAUUGUGUGCAUAACAUGUUGAUUAUUCUUGACAUUCUGGUGCAGUAUGAGAAUAUUAUAGUGGAUGACACGGUUGAGCCUGAUGAGAAUGAAACACAGAAAGGAGCAGACCAUGGUGGGCCGAUUCGGAUUUGGGGAAACUUAGUGGCUUUUCUUGAGAGGAUGGAUACCGAGUUCUUCAAGAGUUUGCAGUGCAUUGAUCCACAUACACGUGAGUAUGUUGAAAGACUGCGGGAUGAACCAAUGUUUUUAGUUCUUGCUCAGAAUGUCCAAGGAUAUCUAGAACGUAUUGGAGAUCUUAAAGCUGCAUCAAAGGUUGCCUUAAGACGCGUUGAGCUGAUCUAUUACAAACCACAAGAGGUUUAUGAUGCUAUGAGAAAGUUGGCUGAACAGACAGAGGAUGGAGACAAUGGUGAGGAGCCUAAGGUUGAGGAAAGUAGGGGUCCCUCUGCAUUUGUUGUUACUCCUGAGCUUGUGCCUCGAAAGCCUACCUUUCCUGAGAAUAGCAGGACAAUGAUGGAUGCUUUAGUGUCCCUCAUUUACAAGUCUGGAGAUGAGCGGACCAAAGCUCGUGCAAUGCUCUGUGAUAUCUACCACCAUGCUCUCCUGGAUGAAUUCUCAAUCUCUCGUGACCUGCUAUUGAUGAGUCACCUGCAAGAUAAUAUUCAACACAUGGAUAUUUCAAGCCAGAUACUUUUCAACAGGGCUAUGGCACAACUUGGUUUAUGUGCAUUUCGUGUUGGUCUAAUCACUGAAGCGCAUGGAUGUCUUUCUGAAUUAUAUUCUGGUGGAAGGGUAAAGGAGUUGCUUGCACAGGGUUUUUCACAAAGCCGAUAUCAUGAAAAGACUCCUGAACAGGAAAGACUGGAAAGGAGACGCCAGAUGCCAUAUCAUAUGCACAUAAAUCUUGAGCUUCUGGAGUCUGUCCAUCUCAGUUGUGCAAUGCUGCUGGAGGUGCCUUACAUGGCAGCCAAUGUUCUUGAUGCUAAGCGCAAAGUCAUUAGCAAGACAUUUAGGCGGUUGCUUGAGGUAAGUGAGCGGCAAACUUUCACUGGUCCUCCUGAAAAUGUCCGGGACCAUGUAAUGGCUGCUACACGGGCACUUAGGAAAGGAGAUUUCCAGAGGGCCUUUGAUGUUAUUGAGUCUCUUGAUGUCUGGAAGCUCCUCAGAAAUAAAGAUGGUGUUCUUGAGAUGCUCAAAGCCAAGAUUAAAGAAGAAGCUCUGAGGACCUACCUAUUUUCCUACUCCUCCUCCUAUGAUUCACUUGGCUUGGACCAGCUGACCAAAAUGUUUGACCUUUCAGCAUCGCAGACGCAAGUCAUUGUCAGCAAAAUGAUGAUCAAUGACGAGCUCCAAGCAAGCUGGGACCAGCCAACACAGUGCAUUGUCUUCCAUGGCAUUCAGCACACAAGGCUGCAGGCUCUGGCAUUCCAGUUAACAGAGAAGCUGUCAAUCCUUGCUGAAAGUAAUGAAAGGGCAACAGAGGCAAGAAUUGGUGGUGGUGGUUUGGAUCUGCCUCAGAGGCGGAGAGAUGGCCAGGAUUUUGCUAACGUGGCUGCUGCAGGUGGUAAGUGGCAAGAUAACUCAUCUUUCAUUCAUGGAAGGCAAGGUUCUGGCCGUUCUGGAUAUGGUGGUGGUGGUGGGAGGCCACAGGUAUUAGGCCAAGCUGCUGGGGUUGGGUAUUCUAGGGCGGCCGGAAAUAUGCGAUCAGGUGGUGGAUAUUCUGGAGGCUCACGAUAUCAAGAUGCUCCAACCCGCAUGGUUACUCUCAACAGGGGAGCUCGCGCUUGA